AUGGAUGGGGAGGGUAGCCGUGCGAGGGCGACAUCUGAUACUCAGUCCCCAUACUCACCGGGCCAGGACCCAGAUGCCAGCGAUACGGACUAUAUUUCACCCACGAGAGCCAUCGGUGCCAAUGAGAGCAGUGGUGCGCGACGACGUAGCUCGGUCACUUCAAGACGCAGUGAUGAGAGCAGAGUGCCCAGCUUGGCUCCCCGCACUACCCUUGCGCAGCGUACCCAAGGCAGGUUCACCCUAGCUGGACCGGAUGAAACGCCCCAGCUGCGUUUGGCUCAGGAGCCCUUUGUCCAACCGGGCUAUGCGGAUCUGAAUCCAUCUUAUGAACAGCCGUCCAAUGCCAGACCAGUCUGGUCUCUAGCCAAGCCAUUGCCCCGUGUGGUGCGGUCGGGAAUGGUACCGACCAAGCAAGAACUCUUGCAGAACCUAGCAAAUGCACAGCGUCCCACGGAGAACUCGGACAAACUCAACCUCGACGUCGACGCCAAUGAUAUCGAGCAGGGUCGCAUUGAUAAGACGGUGGACCCUCGGAAGAUGAACGCGCAGGUCGACGAUGCUCGCUUGCAGCGUGAGACCAAUUUUAUGAAUAAGUUGCUCUCCGGUGAUGGGAACUCCCUUAGACAGACCUCCCGCAUGUCACGUACCUCGUCAGUCCGGCGAAGACGACCUACAGCCGGGGAUAUGCCCCAAGACCAACUGUCGAUUGUACAGGAGGGAGACUCCCUAGUCGACGAGGAACCGGGGGAGCAGCCAGAGGUCGGUAAUGGCCCGCUGGAAGAUCAAUACCUAGGUACAAGGCUAGAACAAAUUUUGAGUGCCCAUGAACUAGAAAAGUCAGGGUACGCCGAGGAUCUGCACCCGCUCGUGCAGGAUCUGAUCGAGGAUGAAGUGCAUAACAACCACACCGUCUGGUCUGUUAUCCGUACACACCACCGUGAGGCUUUCGCCGAGGCCCUAGGGGUGUUUGUGCAGCUCACCUUGGGUUUCUGUAUCGAUUUGUCUGUCACUGUCGCCAACCAGGGUAACCCUAACACAACCUCCUGGGCGUGGGGCCUAGCGACUAUGAUGGGCAUCUAUAUUUGUGGUGGUGUUUCUGGUGCUCACCUGAAUCCCGUUGUUACUCUGGUACUAUGGUUCUACCGUGGUUUCCCUAAGCGCAAGAUGCCGGAGUACUUCGCUGCCCAGUUCUUAGCCGCCUUUUUAGCCGGUCUUGCUGCGUAUGGUAUCUACUAUCAAUCCAUUCAGAACUAUCUCCGCCUUAACGCAGACACCGGUAUCAUCAAUAGCUUCGUGACCAAUUCACGUGAGGCGUGGAUUGGUCCUGCGACGGCGUUCUUUAACGAGUUUAUGGGUACAGCAUUUUUGAUCAUCACCGUUCUGGCUCUUGGUGACGAUCAGAACGCCCCACCGGGUGCUGGUAUGAAUUCGCUGAUCAUUGGGUUGGUCAUUACUUGUCUGUGUAUGUGCUUUGGCUACCAAACCGGAGCUGCAUUCAGCCCGAGUCGUGAUUUUGGUCCUCGGCUUGCGCUUCUAGCUGUGGGUUUCCCCAACACCUUGUUCACUGACCCAUACUGGUUCUAUGGGCCUUGGGCUGGGGCUCUAAGCGGUGGGUUUAUUGGUGCUUUCCUAUAUGAUUUCUUCAUCUUCACCGGUGGUGAAUCCCCCAUCAACUACCCUCUCGAGCGCACCCAGCGCGCAAUGACCAAGAGUGGAAUGAAGUGGAAGCGUCGACUGCAUCUGAAUUAA